UUCUCUCUCACUCUCUGAGGGCGGCAUGGAUAGAAGGCUCUGCUUUGUUGUUGUUGUUGUACUAGCUGCUAUUAGCAGCUGGUGCUGUAGUGCAAAAGAUUUAGCAGCUGCUGACCUUAAGACAAAAUUCUUAGAGAAACAAGUUCAAGUUAGCGGAAAUGAAGAUCAGUGCUUACAGUGUAAACAACUUGUCGCCACCUAUUCUGAUAAGCAGAAACAAAGCCAGAUGCUUAACGCCGUUAACAAUUUUUGCCUCAUUAAUUAUUUUCCGUCCCCGCAACAGUGCCUUGACAGGUUUGAACCAAUUCUGACUAAGUUUUUCGAAAUCAUCAACUCCUCAACGCCUGAAACUCUCUGCACUUUGCUGCUUGUUUGCGACUCGCCUCUUGGAAUUCAGCAUUCUGCAUCUUAAGGAAGAAAACCAGUGGAAACCUUAGCUUGUUCA